GCAGCGCCUUCGCCGGCUCGUCCUGAGCACGCGCAGGCGGCUCCGGCAUGUUCCGGCAAGCUGUGACGGGAGGCCGUUCCUGACACUGCACCGGCCACUGGCGGGAUGAGAUGACAUCAGCUCGGCGGGACGCGCGCAGGCGGGACAACGCAGUAAGAAGGAGAGUGUAUGAAAACUCCAUGGGGUCAGCCAAAAAUGUGAUAAGUGAGACUGUUGAUAUAGCAGAGAGUUAUAACAUGACGGCUUCUUUCCAGCGCUCUAAUAGUCAUGACAAAGUGAGGAAAAUUGUUGCAGAAGAGGGUCGUACAGCAAGAAACCUUAUUGCAUGGAGUGUCCCACUGGAAAGCAAAGAGGAUGAUAGUAAGUCUAAAUGGCAAGUAGGUGGAAAAUCUAAGAGAGUGAUUCAUGGAACACAUAAACCUACAAAACAGAGUACUACAGUAGACUGUAAAAUAACAUCAGCAGCUGCUGGAGAUAAAAACUUUGACAAAAGCCCAACAAAAACAAGGCAACCUCGAAAAGUUGAUUUGAGAGCUCGAUAUUGGGCAUUUCUUUUUGACAAUCUUAGACGGGCAGUUGAUGAAAUCUAUGUUACUUGUGAGUCGGAUCAGAGCGUAGUAGAAUGCAAGGAGGUUCUAAUGAUGCUAGAUAACUAUGUAAGAGAUUUCAAGGCAUUGAUUGACUGGAUACAGCUACAGGAAAAGCUAGAGAAGGCUGAUGCUCAAAGCAGACCUACUUCAUUGGCCUGGGAAGUAAAGAAGAUGUCUCCAGGACGCCAUGUAAUACCAAGUCCAUCAACAGAGAGAAUCAGUGUAACAUCAAAUGCUCGAAGAAGUUUAAAUUUUGGGAAUCCAUCUGUGACAAUUGCUGCCACUCGUCUGGCUCCUUCAGGUGUAAGUUGGGCUGAUAAGGUGAAAGCUAACCAUGGAGCUAAAGCUGCCACUCCAGAGCUAGCAGCUACACAAACCUGCAUGCCAACACCAGUGCAGAAGUCAUCACGGAGAAAUGAACGGAAGGAUGCAGAAGGAUGGGAAAUAGUUCACCGUGGAAGGCCUGUUCGAUCUCGAUCUACAGCUGUAGCAACAAAAACUCCUGUAAUUGCAGAAUUACUAAGAGCUAAGGAUGACAGCGACAAAGAAAAUGUAGUCUUCAGACAAUCAGAAAGUAAACAGAAGAAUUCAUUCGAUGAAGAUAGUGCAUCCAAAAAUACAGAACUUCUGCAGAAAGAUUCUUUAUAUCUGAGUGAGCAUCCUCUUGCUGAAAGGACUCAGUUCACAGCACACACACUAGAAGAUACCAGAAACACUGGCAAUGUGGUUUUACAAGACAGUUCUUGCUUACAAACACCUGAAAUGCCGGCAGUUGUCAUAGACACUGAACAUCCUUCAGAAAGUCUACAGAUUGAUGAAUCUCCCUCCAUGAUCUCUGGUAGUAAAGAACAGCAUGAAGCAUUAAAAAACAAGAUAGAAAGUGAAAUGGAUCCCUCAGACAUUUCAAAUGUGAGUGCUGCCAGAUUGUCUAUGGCAGAAGUCCUUGCUAAAAAAGAAGAGUUAGCAGAUCGCCUGGAAAAGGCCAAUGAAGAAGCAAUAGCUAGUGCCAUUGCAGAAGAAGAGCAGUUAACUAGAGAAAUUGAAGCAGAAGAAAAUAAUGACAUUAACAUUGAGACUGACAAUGACAGUGAUUUUUCUGCUAGCAUGGGCAGUGGAAGUAUAUCUUUCUGUGGCAUGUCUAUGGACUGGAAUGAUGUCCUGGCAGAUUAUGAAGCUCGUGAAUCAUGGCGUCAAAAUAAUUCAUGGGGUGAUAUAGUGGAAGAAGAACCUGCGCGUCCACCAGGCCAUGGAAUACAUAUGCAUGAGAAACUCUCUUCACCAUCUCGCAAAAGAACAAUAGCAGAAUCUAAAAAGAAACAUGAGGAGAAACAGAUGAAAGCUCAACAGCUGAGAGAAAAGUUACGUGAAGAGAAAACGCUAAAGCUUCAAAAACUGAUGGAGCGGGAGAAAGAUGUGCGAAAGUGGAAAGAAGAAUUACUGGACCAGAGACGCAGGAUGAUGGAGGAAAAAUUACUUCAUGCUGAAUUUAAACGUGAAGUGCAGUUACAGGCAAUUGUGAAAAAAGCACAAGAAGAAGAAGCAAAGGUAAAUGAAAUUGCAUUUAUAAACACCUUAGAAGCCCAAAAUAAACGUCAUGAUGUGUUGUCCAAACUAAAAGAAUAUGAACAAAGACUCAAUGAAUUACAGGAAGAACGCCAACGGAGGCAGGAAGAAAAGCAAGCACGUGAUGAAGCUGUUCAGGAGCGUAAAAGAGCUCUGGAAGCAGAACGCCAAGCCCGGGUUGAAGAGCUGCUGAUGAAGAGGAAAGAACAAGAGGCUCGGAUUGAACAGCAGCGGCAAGAGAAAGAGAAAGCACGGGAAGAUGCAGCACGGGAAAGGGCCAGAGAUCGAGAGGAGAGGCUGGCAGCUCUCACUGCAGCUCAACAAGAAGCAAUGGAGGAGUUACAGAAAAAGAUUCAGCUGAAGCAUGAUGAAAGCAUUCGGAGACACAUGGAACAAAUUGAACAGAGGAAAGAAAAGGCAGCUGAAUUAAGCAGUGGGAGACAUGCUAAUACUGAUUAUGCACCUAAACUUACACCAUAUGAACGAAAAAAGCAGUGUUCAUUAUGCAAUGUUUUGAUUUCCUCAGAGGUGUAUCUUUUUAGCCACAUUAAGGGGAAAAAACACCAACAAGCAGUGAGAGAAAAUAGCAGCAUCCAAGGACGAGAGCUUUCAGAUGAAGAAGUGGAGCACCUGUCAUUGAAGAAGUACAUUGUUGAUAUUGUGAUUGAAAGCUCUGUUCCAAUAGAACCUUUAAAAGAUGGAGAGGAAAAGCAAAAAUCUAAAAAGAAGGCAAAGAAGCUUAAGGCCCGGAUGAACUCCAGGGCUAAAGAAUAUGAAAGUUUAAUGGAAGCAAAAAAUGCCACCUCUGAAUCACCAUACAAAGCAAAGCUGCAGCGAUUAGCAAAAGAUCUUCUAAAGCAGUUCCAAGUACAGGAUAGCAGUUCAUUGGCAAACAACAAGGUUUCUGCUCUGGACAGGACUUUAGGAGAGAUUUCUCGUAUUCUGGAAAAAGAGAAUGCAGCAGAUCAGAUAGCAUUCCGGGUUGCAGGAGGACUCACAGCCCUUGAACACAUUCUUCAAGUAGUGAUUUCUUCCACGAAUCUGAAUGCAGUUUUACGGAUUCCUCCCAAGUCACUCUGCAAUACUGUAAAUGUUUACAACCUGGCCUGCAGUAAUUGCACAGAAAACUGCACCUAUGUUCUGUUCAGUAAUAAGAUCACUUUUUUAAUGGACCUGUUGAUGCAUCAGUUAAUGGUUUGUGUUCCAGAUGAAUAUAAUGCAGUAUUAGGAAGAAGUGCAAAUAAGCAAGUAUUUGAAGGUUUAACAACUGGACUUCUCAGAAUCAUUGCUGUGGUCUUUGGGUGUCUGAUCUCCAGUUUACAAGAUGUAAACAAUCAGCCCACUGCACCUAAAAUAAUACAGGAAGUGAAAAACAAGCCCUCAAAAGUUGAGGCCUUUAACAGCAGGGUUCAGGACCUGAUCAGUUAUGUGGUGAAUAUAGGAUUGAUAGACAAGUUAUGCUGCUGUUUCCUCUCCGUCCAAGGUCCUGUUGAUGACAAUUCAAAAAUAGCCACUUUUCUGCAAAAUGCUACAGCAGUGUUACAUGGAAUGUGUCAGCUCUGUUUUGCUGUCAGUGGAAGGUCUUGGCCCAUAUUUGACAAUACACGUCAGGAUCCCACAGGGCUAACUGCAGUUCUUCGGACUACAGAUCUAGUUGGAGUCUUGCAUAUGCUGUACUGUAUUCUUUUCCAUGGCACCAUCUCAGAUUCAAACAUGGCAAGUUCUAAAGAGAGUUAUACAGAGAACACGAUCCAGGUUGCUAUUCAGAGUUUACGCUUGUUCAAUAGCUUCGCAGUUCUUGAUCUGCCAGCUUUUCAGUCUAUUGUAGGUGCUGAGGGACUUUCUCUUGCAUUCCGUCAUAUUAUCAGCUCUUUGCUGUGGUAUUGUUCUCAGCAUACCUGUGAAGGACUGCUACAUGAAGUCAUUCUUUGUGUUGGGUAUUUUACUGUCAACCAUCCAGAUAAUCAGGUAAUUGUACAAUCUGGCCGUCACCCCACAGUGCUGCAAAAACUAUGCCAGUUGCCUUUCCAGUAUUUCAGUGAUCCUCGCCUAAUCAAAGUGCUCUUCCCUACGCUAAUAGCUGCUUGUUACAAUAACCCUCAGAACAAGGUCAUUCUGGAGCAGGAGAUGAGUUGUGUUUUACUUGCCACAUUCAUUCAGGAUUUCACACAGAAUUCAGGCCAAACAGAUAACCAGUCUUCUCAACAAAGGGAAAAAUUCUUCACUUCCCAAGAUUAUCUUGAGCUGUCUAACAGAUUCCCUUGCCAAGCCUGGGAAGAAGCACGACAGUUCUUCUUGAAAAAAGAGAAAAAAUAAGUGUUUCAUUUUGUUUCGAUUUUUGAAACAUCUAACAUGUUAAUGUUAAGCAAUUUGUCCUAAUUACAUACUUUAAGAAACUGUUUUGGAAACUUCUAGAUACUCUAAAUACUUCUGCUGUAGAUAUAAGUAAUUUGCACUAUUUAUGUCUCAAGUACUGUAGAUACUUUAAAGCGGUGUUUUUUAAUUUUGAAAAUUGUUUAUUUCAUUUACAUACUACAUCAUGGUUUUGGUAGCUUCUACCCUAUGAUGUGUACUUCUUGCACUGUAAAACUGCUGAAAUUAGGUUACAAAUAUAGAAAAUGUUAUCUUCUAUAUAUCCUGUAAUAAAAUAACUUAUUCUGUU